AUGGCCACACUGUCAGGGCUUCCCAACGAGGUCGUCCGCUACAUAGCAGAGCUUCUCCCCAAUGAGGACUUACUAUCACUCUGGGAAACCUCUCGAGCAAUGAAUGAUAUGACCUUCGACAUGUUUCGGCGAGAUUACUUCCAGGACCGAUACGUUAUGCUUGAACAGAGAAGCAUACAUAAUUUGAUCGACAUCUCCGAGCAUCCGACCCUGCGGCUGGCCGUACGCAAACUGGGACUAUGCACGCAGCGUAUCAUGAGGCGUAAUGAUAAUGUUGAGUGCCUGCAUGACCCGCGUUUAGAGAAUGACGAUUGGGAAAACCGACGACAGCCUGAGUUUGACAGCGACAAGGAAGAGGACUGGCUGGAUGAAGAGGAAGUUGACAAAGACGAGUGUCGGGUUUGUGCAUCUGGACAACUGUUGCGCGAACAAGAGGCCUUCCAUCUCGGCAAAGAUCGGGCAGGUCUGUUUCAGGCCAUGCGGAAUCUUCCUAACUGCAAGACCCUCUCCCUUACCGAUGCUCGUCUCCCAUGGGGAGUGGUACGGGUACGGGAUGUGGUUGCCUUCCCAUUUACACUGCUGGCAGGCCCAUCAGUAUUAGGUUGUGGACGGGUUCAAAAUUUCACGAGAUAUGUCUUGGAUACCACGCUUUCAGCGGCAGCAGAAAGCAAAUUGCCUUUUAAGAGCCUCGACAUCAAUUUGGGUCACCGGGAUCUGAAUAGUUGCCUCAGCCCAAUCCACGUGCAAGUGCUUGACUCGUCCGAGGAGUUGAAGUUCGCCAACUUGACUUAUCUCCGAUUGAUUAUCAGUCCUUUUCUUGGCUGGGGACAAUCCCCUGAUUGGGAGCCGGGCUUUACUCGGUUCAUGAACAUGUUCCCGCAGCUGUCGCACUUUACACUGUGCUUCGAGCGUAGUGCACACUAUGACUAUGGUCAAAUCUUCCGCCGACUUUCGAAGGUGCUGUCUAUACCCCAUCUGCGGGUGGUAGACCUUGGCCGAUUCGAAACCAUUGCCUCCGAAUUGGGUGGAACGCUUGUGAGGCACCAGGCGACGCUCGAGGACAUCACGCUCCGGGAAAUCAAGUUGCUCAGCCCGAACUGGCCUGUCUUGUUGAGGGACCUCUGGAACAUGCCCAAAGUUCGUUGGACUACCAUGAAACAAUGCAUGAUAUGGGAUGAGCAUAACAGGCCUGCCACGACCAGCAUGCCCGAUGUGGUUUCUAUUGUGGAUGAGACGACACUUUCCCAGAGAUCCCGUUAG